AUGAGAGCUGGUGCUCGAGGCGACAUUGUAGUUUCGGAAUUCCUAGAUAGCAUUGGAGGUUAUAGAUUCAAGGAGCGUAGAGAUCGUUUACUUGAUAUCCUUGACAUCAACCUGGACUGGCACAUGGACGGAGAGAGAAGGAGAGUUCAACUCUGCAUGGGCUUGAUGUGCAACUGGGACAUUCUUUUACUUGACGAGGUCACCGUUGAUCUCGACGUGCUCACCAGAUUUUCGCUCCCCAAAUUCCUGAAGCAAGCGGCCAAUGAACAUAAAGCUACUAUAGUCUAUACCACACACAUCUUCGAAGGAAUUGACGACUUUCCGAAUCACAUAGCUCACAUGCGGGAUAGCACUUUUGUCACCAAUCCAACGUCUUGGCCAAUCCCUAAUAGUAAUUCGAAGAGUUUGCAUGCCAUUGCGCUCGAGUGGAUUGGCAAUGACAGAAAGACGCGUGAUCGUGAAGAAAAGGAAGGGAAGCGGAAGAAGGUUCGGGGUGCCAGGUUUCAGAUCACCCCCACGGACUCUGAAACGUUUUACAGAAAGUACGACUACGGCCGCCAGACGAACCACUAUACGUGA